AUGCUCAGUUCAGCGCGGCUUCGGCCCAGGGCGGGAGUGCCUUGGGGGGGUCCCGGGGCGCGCGGCGCGGGGCACGGGAAAGGCGAGAUGCAACAGUCGGGGCACGUCCCUGGCUUGACGGACCGGCGAUACGAGGGGGUUAUUGCAACAUACCGGGCCGACAAAGGCUUCGGAUUUAUCAGGUGCUCGGAGCUACGGCAAAAGUUCCCAGAGAAGGACGUGUUCCUACACGGGAAGCAGCUGGGCGCCUUCAAGGAGGGCGACGCCGUCUCCUUCGCGAUAUUUCUCAACAGAGACGGCAAGCCGCAGGCCACUGAUUUGACCUACUUAAACGGCGACGGCAUGCAGCAGCAGCAGCAGCAGCAGCAGCAGCAACAGCAGCAGCAUCAGCAAGGCAUGCUGCAGGGAAUGCAGCAUCAGGGCAUGCAGAUGCAUCAGGGAAUGCACCCUGGCAUGCCUUGCAUGGGCCAUCCCGCUCAAGCAGGUAGCAUGAUGGCUCAAAUCCCGCCGCCACCUCAUCAGGCAAUGCCUGACGAGGAUGUGCAGGAGGUGGAGGUUCCCAAAGAGUUCGUCGCGAAGCUGACGAGCGAAGGAGGAAGACUUCACGAGCUGAAGCACAUGGCUGGUUCGGACAUCACCAUCACCUUUCAGACUCGACCUGAGCUGGUCAACAAAGCGGUGGCCAUCAUCCGGGGUCCAAAGGUUAGCGCAAGCCUUGGGGCCAUUCUUCUGAUGCAGGAACUGAGCGAGCUGAUUCAAAUACCAGUUUGCCGCUUGACUCGAUCUGGCUGUUCCGUGCAUGCUCCUAGGCUAGCGGCUACUCAAAUUUCUGUGCUCUGCAUUGUGAAUCGGGAUGACAAGCAGCCUACAGAGACCUACGGUGUGCGGCAUUUCUCGGAGUCAGCCAAGUACGUGAGCCCGAUCUCCAGAGUAAAAUGGAAUCGGUUGAAAAUGAGGAUGCAAUCAAGCAGGGAUGGAGAGGCUGCAGAGGAGGAAUCCGCGGAGCAAUGCUCUUGCCCUGCGCAGCAGGCCGUGCUGGAAGAAAUUAAAACCUGCAGGGAGUGGGACGUUGCGGCAGCUGCUUUUCGACAGUUGUCUACCCCAGAGCUCCCUGUCUGCAAUGCACUGCUGAGACGGGCACAGCGGGCUGGAAGACUGGAAGAGGCCUUUGAUGUUUACGCAGACAUGCGACGGCGCGGAGUGCUGUCAGAAGCUUGUGCAGCAAUUCGCUUGCCAAGACAUUUGACGAACCCAUCAGCCAAAGUCGAGAAGUAUGCGAUCCAAGAGCUCGCCAAUGCAGCACAUGCACAGCCUCAAACAAGCAAGCCAGCAAACAACCAAGGAACACAAAAGCCAACAAGUACAGCAUACAAUCAAGCAAUUCUGCGAGCAAGCAAGCGAGCCAGCAAGCCAGCAGUGCGCGAGCGAGUGAACAAACACACACGGAGACGGUGGAAGUAA